GGAUGGUAUUUUAUGCGUACACAGGGCUUCUAGUGAAUGUCAUUUGACUCCCAUGUGUAUCGGUUAACAGGCAGAGAUGUGGCAGAGUGCAAGGAACACGGGGCACAGUGCUCUGCGGACUAUGUGCGGCAGAUUCUUUUCAACUGCACCGGCAACUAGACUUUCAAAUGCAGAGAUCUCUCAGAUUCAAGUUGAAUUGUUUAACAAGGAGAAAGAGAGGCAGUUAUCACUUUUCCCACGCAAUGAAAAGAUUGAAGUGAAGCAUGUUGGCCACUCUGACCCUGGGGCUGUAUUUUGGAUGAAUAAGGGACUGUCUACCCCAUAUAACUGUGCUAUGCAUCUCAGUGAGUGGUAUUGUAAAAAGUCUGUUCUGGCACUUGUGGACGGAGAAAUCUGGGACAUGUACAAACCAUUGACUAAAUCCUGUAAUAUCCAGUUUCUUACUUUUAAAGAUGAAAAUCCGGAAGAAGUGAACAAAGCAUAUUGGCGUUCCUGUGCUAUGAUACUUGGAUGUGUUCUGGAGCAAGCAUUCAAAGAUGAGUACACAGUGAAUCUGGUCAGAGCUCUGGAGGUACCAGUGAUCUCUGGUGCAUUCUGCUAUGAUGUAGUACUGGACAGCAGGCUGGAUGAUUGGAAGCCAAACAAGGAAAACCUUCAUUCUUUUACCAAAGAUGCACUUAAACUUAUUGAGAAGGAUCUGCCAUUCGAAUCUUUGCAAGUUCAAGAAAAGGUUGCUAAAGAAAUAUUUCAGCAUAAUGUGUAUAAAAUAAUUGCAGUUGAAGAAAAAGCAGCACAGAAUCCCGAAGGAAUAGUAACAUUGCACAAAUUUGGUGAUUUUGUGGACAUCAGCGAUGGACCUCACAUUCCCAGAACACGUUUUUGUCUGCAAUAUGAAGUCACAGCUGCUCAUUCCUUAACAAAUAUCCCAACAGAGCAUGUGCGAAGAUUCCAAGGGCUUUCCCUACCAUAUCAUUUAAAGGUCCAUCACACUGUGUGGGACAAGUUGCGGAAAAGGUCACAGAGACUGGUCACGGAGGAACAAAAUCAGGAACCAGAUCUGGCAGCAUAAUCCAGACUCCUGCUUUCCUGUUUGAGUUUUUCUUCUUUUUUUUGUAUGUUAUUCUGAAUAAUAAACAUUAUUUUGUGCCUA